UGAUUCGGCUUGCAUGUACCAGGCUACCUUCACACUGUCCAGUGUUUCCUACCAGGCAUCGAAGGCUCCUCCUUCAAAUCCUGCUGCCGCACGUCACACGACUUCGCCAGAUUCGUACUCCACCCGCAGCAGCCAUGAUGCAAGAAGGGCUGGACGACGGUCCCGAUUUCCUCUCUGAAGAGGACAGGGGUCCAAGGGCAGUCAACGUGGAUCUCCAAACUGAUGCAACUUUACAAGUGGAUAUUUCAGAUGCACUUAGUGAGCGUGAUAAGGUCAAGUUUACCGUUCAUACAAAGACGACUCUCCCCAACUUCAAACAGAAUGAGUUUUCUGUUGUACGCCAGCACGAAGAAUUUAUCUGGCUCCACGACUCCUUUGUGGAGAAUGAGGAGUAUGCGGGGUACAUUAUCCCGCCAGCUCCACCACGACCAGACUUUGACGCGUCCCGCGAGAAGCUGCAGAAGCUGGGCGAAGGAGAGGGCUCCAUGACGAAGGAGGAAUUUACCAAAAUGAAGCAGGAGCUGGAGGCUGAAUACCUGGCCAUUUUCAAGAAGACUGUGGCGAUGCACGAGGUGUUUCUGUGUCGUGUGGCUGCCCAUCCUGUCCUGCGCAAAGACCUGAAUUUCCACGUGUUUUUAGAGUACAACCAAGAUCUGAGCGUACGAGGCAAGAACAAGAAGGAGAAGCUGGAGGACUUCUUCAAGAAUGUGGUGAAGUCGGCAGACGGCGUGCUGGUGGCCGGAGUGAAGGACGUCGAUGACUUCUUUGAGCAUGAGAAGACAUUCCUUAUAGAAUAUCAUAACCGGGUCAAAGACGCGUCUGUGAAAUCAGAUAGAAUGAUCAGAUCUCAUAAAAGCGCUGCAGACGACAUCAACAGAAUUGCCUCCGCAAUGUACAGCCUCGGGACCCAGGAUUCAACAGAUAUGUGCAAAUUCUUCCUGAAGGUGUCAGAGCUCUUUGAGAAAACACGGAAAAUUGAGGCGCGUGUAGCAGCCGAUGAGGACCUGAAACUCGCUGACCUGUUGAAGUACUACCUCAGGGAGUCGCAAGCUGCAAAGGACCUUUUGUACAGACGGGGAAGGUCACUCGUUGAUUACGAGAAUGCAAACAAAGCUCUGGACAAAGCAAGGGCUAAGAACAAAGAUGUCCUACAAGCAGAAACCAGCCAGCAGUUGAGCUGUCAGAAAUUUGAGAAAAUUUCCGAGUCAGCCAAACAAGAAUUGAUAGAUUUCAAGACAAGACGAGUAGCAGCCUUCCGGAAGAACCUGGUGGAACUGGCUGAGCUGGAGCUGAAACACGCUAAGGGUAAUCUUCAACUGUUGCAAAGCUGUCUCGGGGUCCUAAAAGGAGAUACUUAAAAGACUGGACUGGUUGUUUAAUGGUGCAGGCAUCCUCCCCGCUUUUGGCUUCCUCUUCCCUUCAGAAGAUGGAGGGGGGAGAGAGAGAAAGAGAGAGAGAGAGAGAAUAUCUUAUAAGGGGAGGGCACUUCUUCUCGGAAGGAUGUCACCACUACCAGAGACACCAUAAUCCCUCCACAUAUUCCCUCGAUUAAAAGUGCGGAGGCCCUCGGUGAGAAGUCUCCACUUGCCCGCACAGCACAAGAACCUAUCAAGGAAGGAAAAAAAAGUCUAAUCACGUCUGUUUUUAAAGUUGUUAUAAAGUGUCACUUCUUCAUGGGGUUGGCUCUGUCAAUAUCACCUUCAUUUUUUCGUAAUUUUUUUGUCCAUUUUUAUUUUUAUGUUUGCUUAGUGUAAUCCUCAAAGCAGUUGAUUUUGGUAAUCCUCUCUGUGAUGCUGCUCAUGUACCUUGUAAGAAAGAAUGAAAGAAAAAAAGAAAAAGUUGAGCUGAUUGUUACUAUUAUUAAAAGUGUAUUGUCACUAAAAGCCUUGUAUAUGUUGUAUUAGUUUUCACUGUACGGUUCAUGAUCAUCAUAAUCAAACUAAUAGUUUUGAUAAAUUUUUCAUCUCUUAAGUAAAAUUUCAUAUAAAGCGUAUUUCUUCUGUUUAUUUUCAUUCCAUAGUAGUACUGCAUUAUUAUGUUUGCCUUAAAAUGUAGAUUUAACCCGAUCACAUAUUGUUUUAAAAAAAAUCAUAAAUGGAUACAUUUGUUCUGUUGCCCCCCCUCUCCCCCCAAUCUUUUUAAAAGUGCACUGUAUAUGAAUGUGUUUUUUCACACUCUGUGACCAAAGCUUCCAUUAAAUGAAAUGGAGGAAUGCUGAUAUACAAACCGUAACAAUAAAGAAAUAACAACAA